AUUCGUUAUCUUUACGAUACUCGUUUACGGCAGAGCGUCUCGAAACGACAGCAGUGCAGAGAUGAUUGAGGUGGUGUGUAAUGAUCGACUGGGCAAAAAAGUCCGAGUCAAAUGCAAUUCAGAGGACACAAUCGGGGAUCUGAAGAAACUGAUCGCUGCUCAGACGGGAACCAGGUGGGACAAAAUCGUCCUGAAGAAAUGGUACACCAUUUUUAAGGAUCACGUGUCACUGGCAGACUAUGAGAUCCACGAUGGGAUGAACCUGGAGCUGUAUUACCAGUAGAGGCCGGCGCUUAGACCCAACACACACACACACAGAGUACAGCCAGGACAUCUUACACACAUGUACUUCUCCACUUAACACACAUUACAUACAUGAAUAUGAAUAUGUGAGAGCAUGCCUUAGAGCAGAAAACAUUAGUUAUUCAUUUCAUUUGAAUUGUUCUGUUUUUUUGUUAUUUGGAAAUAAAGAUAUUUAUAUCAAA